AUGACUGCACUCGAGGAAGCACUCACACAAGAUGAGUGGGAAGAGAUAAUGAACUCUAAACUGGGAGUGUUCUUGAAGUUCAGUCAGCUGGAUUUCGGUUGGGCAUCUAGACUGGUGCAUUACAUUCUCGGCAUGCAGCUAGUUUGCAAGAAAAAAUUUGAGAUUUGGAGCCUCGUAGGUCUAAUCCCGAUCCGCUUUUCUUUGAAUGAGUUCGAACAUAUUACUGGCUUGAAUUAUGAGGACAACCUCGAUGAUCCGGUGGUUGAGAUAACUGAGGAGCGAUUGGGAGUCAAUCAGGAUUUAGGCCCGAACACUGAAAAUUUGAUAGAAGCUUGUAAGGAAUGCAGGUCGUGGUCUUCCGAGGAUCGGUUGAGGCUGGGAUACCUUAGCAUUUAUGCUAGUUACAUUGAUGCACGAAAGCCAUCUUCGCCUAUUCGGGUUAGGUUGGCAAGGCUUGUGAUGGAUUUAUAUGCAUUUGAAAACUACCUUUGGGGAAGAGUGGCCUUUAAACACCUGAUGCGGUCGGUGAAGGAGAAAGAAAUUUGGAAGUCGUCUUACACCAUUGAAGGGUUUGUUCAAACACGCAUUAACAACUACGUUGUUAAGGACUCCUUCGACAUGUUUCCGCGCUGGGAAGUUGAAGACAAUGAUGAAGAAGACGCGAGGACUGACAACAUCAUCAAAGCGAUGUAUGGUCAUUUUGGCCCUAAACAAUGGAAAUGUGAUAGGAGUCAUUGGCCUCCAACAGGUGUGACGAAGUAUGUCAAGUCCGAAGUGUCUGUCGAUCUGAAGAGGCGAUCAGAAUCAGUUGGUGAUCUAGGAAGUCCGAAGGGUUCUGCCCAGUCUCUGAUCGAACUACUCAACACAAAGCUGGGAAUGGUGGAGCAGAAAUUAGAGGCAGUGAUCCUCCAAGCUGGGACCGGAGGUACAAAGGAGGAUAUGGCUCAGACUGGUGAAGCAGACGCCGAUGGCGCAAAACCCGGUGGUGACGAUCCAACGGACGCGGACGCCGAUCCCAAUAUCGGACAAAAUGAACAAACUGAUGUCCCGAGUGAGAGCGUGAACGAUGGUAAGCAGGGAACUCCAGAGCCAAGCGUCGUUAUGGUUGAUCCAGCAAAAUGCGACAUCGACUUCGAUCAGGUCCAGAGAGAGAAGUGCAAGAAAGGCAGGAAGGCGGCACAACUGGUUGCCCGUGCGAAGAGUGAACGACUGCGAAAGUUGGCUCUUACACAACAAAGCCCUUUCAAACCAAACAGCACAGCAAAGGAAAUCAUCCCAAAAAAAAAUGUCCAAGGGUGCCGAUAUGAUCCGUUUGAUAUGACAGACGUGAAGCAAAAGAUCGGUGUACUCACUGAUUGUCUGAAAAAAGAUCUGAACUAUCCAAAGCGGAUAAAAUGGUCAUCCACAGACUGGUACUACAUUCUAAGAGUCCCUAAAAAAUGGCUAGCAGACACUUACAUGGAAGCUGGGAUUAACCUACUCAGGAUGCGAUUUACAAAGCAUCCUGAGUGGUUUAGGUUGGACAAGAUAACCUUCCUUGACUCUUACUUUGCUACAAUGUGGAGGCACAAGUACCAGGAUUUCGUGGACUCUCACGCCAACCCUGAUGGUUCAGGCAAGCUCCUUCCCGCUGGCUCGUUCGAGUACUACACUGGCGCAGCGCCAACUUACUGCGUUAGUAACAAGACGUGGGGGUAUGAUGUGGAUGACAUGUACUCGAUGUUACACAUCACUGGUGAUCACUGGGUGGCAAUGUGGAUUUCUAUUCCGAUGAAGCAUAUUGUCAUUUGGGACAGCCAUGCGAAUACUCAUGCAUCGGAUCUUCAGAUUGAGGUUGCUGUGACUCCGAUUACCGUCUUGGUUCUUACAUACUCCAUGAAUGUGCCCCUACUGAAGACCGGAUCAAUCUGA